CAAGAUGGCGGCACCGCGGACUCCAUUUCCCAGGAGACCCCGCGCGAGCCGGGCCCGGCCCCUGGAUGCGCGCGGCGCGGCGGGGGGGCGUGGCUCCGCGCGCGGCGCGGCCCAGUCGUUGCGCGGCGGCGGGGGCGGGCGGGCGUGCGGCGGCGGGCGGCCUCGGCGGGCCCUGCCCUGCCUUGCCCUGCCCUGCCCUGCCCCGCCGCGGCGGUGCGUCCCCCCGCCCUUCCCCGCAGGGUUGUCAGCAUGGCGGGAGCGACGCCACCAGCGGGGCCGGCCGGGUCCCGUGCCGGGGGUCCAAGCACGGCUGACCAGCCCUACGCCUGCCGGGAGUGUGGGAAGGCCUUCAGGUGGUCGUCCCGCCUGGCCCACCACCAACGCAGCCACACGGGCGAGCGGCCCUACAAAUGCCCCGAGUGCCCCAAGGCCUUCAAGGGCUCCUCCGCCCUCCUCUACCACCAGCGGGGCCACACGGGCGAGCGGCCCUAUGCCUGUCCCCAGUGCGGCAAGGCCUUCAAGCGUUCCUCCCUGCUGCAGACCCACCAGCGGGUUCACACGGGGCUGCGGGCCUUCGAGUGCGCCCAGUGCGGCCUCACCUUCAAGUGGGCAUCCCACUACCAGUACCACCUCCGGCAGCACACCGGCGAGCGGCCCUACCGCUGCCCCGCUUGCCCUAAGGCUUUCAAGAACUCUUCCAGCCUCCGCCGUCACCGACACACCCACACCGGCGAGCGGCCCCAUGCCUGCCCCGUCUGCGGCAAAGCCUUCGCACAGGCCACCAACCUCCGGCAACACCAGCGGGUCCACACCGGCGAGCGGCCCUACGCCUGCCCCCAGUGCGGCAAGACCUUCACCCACUCCUCCAACCUCCUCCUCCACCGCCGCACCCAUGCCGGCACCCGGCCCCAUGAGUGCCCGACCUGCGCCAAGGCCUUUGUCUCCGACGCCUGCCUGCAGAAACACCUGCAGAGCCAUGCCGGCCAUGCUGCCGUGCCGCCGCUCCUCCCGGCGCCCACCGCGGCACCGGAGACGCUCUGGAGGUGCUCCGCUUGCCCGCUGAGCUUCACCAGUGAGGAGGAGCUGCUGGGCCACCAAGGCAGCCACUCGGUGACAGUGGUGACCCCCCCGGCAGCCCCCCACCGCUGUCCCACCUGCGGCAAGACCUUCAAGAACAGCUCAGGGCUGGCCCGGCAUCGGCAUGGCCACGCUGCCGAGCGGCCCUUCAAGUGCGCUGUCUGCCCCAAGACCUUUACCCAGUUGGCCGGGCUGUUGGGCCACCAGCGCAGCCACCCUGCUGCCGUCCCACCGCGUGUCCCCCCCGAGGCUCCUCACCCCCCGGCAGCUCCCCAGCCUGCCCCAGAGCGCCCUUACCAGUGCACUGAGUGUGGCAAAGCCUUCAAGGGCUCCUCGGGGCUGCGUUACCACAUGCGGGACCACACGGGCGAGCGGCCCUACGCCUGCCGCGAGUGCGGCAAGGCCUUCAAGCGUUCCUCCCUCCUCCAGAUCCACCAGCGGGUUCACACGGGGCUGCGGGCCUUCGAGUGCGCCCAGUGUGGCCUCACCUUCAAGUGGGCAUCCCACUACCAGUACCACCUCCGGCAGCACACCGGCGAGCGGCCCUACCGCUGCCCUGACUGUCCCAAAGCCUUCAAGAACACCUCCUGCCUCCGCCGCCAUCGCCAGCUCCACACCGGCGAGCGGCCCCACGCCUGCCCCGUCUGCGGCAAAGCCUUCGCCCAAACCUCCAACCUCCGGCAACACCAGCGGGUCCACACCGGCGAGCGGCCCUACGCCUGCCCCCAGUGCGGCAAGACCUUCACCCACUCCUCCAAUCUCCAGCUCCACCGCCGCACCCACUCCGCCGCCCGGCCCUACCGCUGCCCGCUCUGCCCCAAGGCAUUUGUCAUGGCCUCCUACCUCCAGCGUCACCUCCGCACCCACGCCCCUGGGCCCCGUGGGACCCCCCGCCGCCCCCCGCCGCCGCCCCCCGAGCCCCAGACCUUCCUGCUGGUGCAGACCACCCAGGGCCUGCAGCUCAUCCCCAGUCCCCCGGCACCCCCACGGAAGCUCCUGCUGCUGCCCAGCCCCCCGGCUGAGCCCCCUGCCUUCACCCUCCUGCCCGCUGAGGGUCCCUCGCCCCGAGUGGGGAAGGGUCCCCGGGCACCUGGCCCCCCCGCCGCUGGGCAGAGCAUCCUGUUGGUACCCGGCACGGGGCAGGCACUGCCCGGCGUCCAGCUCCAGGCGGGGGCCCCGGCGGGGGCCAGCGUCAUUGUCCUGAGGGGUGGCGUCAGCGGCGUCCUCCCCCCACGGGGGCUGCAGCCCCCUGAGGUCACUGGCGUCCAGCUGCAGGCAGCCGAGGUGGCCAACGUGCAGCUCCAAGCCCUGCCGCAACCCUUGGAGGUCACCAAUAUCCAGCUCCAAGCUGCCGAGGUGACAAACGUCCAGCUCCAAGCGACGGAGGUGACCAGUGUCCAGCUCCAAGCCCUGCCGCAGCCCUUGGAUGUCACCAACAUCCAGCUCCAAGCUGCUGAGGUGACGAAUGUCCAGCUCCAAGCCCUGCCACAACCCUCCAAGGUGACCAACAUCCAGCUCCAAGCCAGUGAGGUGGCAAAUGUCCAGCUCCAAGCCCUGCCACAGCCCUUGGACGUCACCAACAUCCAGCUCCAAGCUGCUGAGGUGACGAAUGUCCAGCUGCAAGCCUUGCCACAGCCCCUGGAUGUCACCAACAUCCAGCUCCAAGCCAGUGAGGUGGCAAAUGUCCAGCUGCAAGCCCUGCCACAGCCCUCCAAGGUGGCCAACAUCCAGCUCCGUGCUCUGCCACAACCCUCAGACAUCACCAACAUCCAACUCCAAGCCCUGCCACAACCCUUGGAUGUCACCAACAUCCAGCUCCGAGCCCUGCCGCAACCCUCUGAGGUCACCAACAUCCAGCUGCAGGCCACCGAGGUGACAAAUGUCCAGCUCCAAGCCCUGCCACAACCCUCGGACGUCACCAGCAUCCAGCUGCAGGCCAGAGAGGUGACAAAUGUCCAGCUGCAAGGCCUGCCACAGCCCUCUGAGAUCACCAACAUCCAGCUGCAAGCCCUGCCACAGCCCUCAGAGGUGCCCAGCAUCCAUCUCCAGGCCACGGAGGUCACUGAUGUCCAUCUCCAGGCCACGGAGGUGCCGAGCAUCCACCUCCAGGCCACGGAAGUACCCGAUGUCCCGCUGCAGACUACAGAGGUGACAAAUGUCCAUCUCCAAACCACCAAGGUACCUGACAUCCAUCUCCAAGCCACAGAAGUGUCCAAUGUCCAUCUCCAAACCACAGAGGCCCCCAGCGUCCAUCUCAAGGCCACAGAGGUGCCUGACAUCCAUCUCCAGGCCACAGAGGUGCCCAGCAUCCAGCUCCAGGCCACAGAGGUGCCCGAUGUCCAGCUCCAGGCCAUGGAGGUGCCCAACAUCCAGCUGCAGACCACAGAGGUGCCCAGUGUCCAUCUCGAAACCACUGAGGUACCUGAUGUGCAUCUCGAAACCACUGAGGUGCCCAACAUCCAUCUCCAAGCCACAGAGGUGCCCAACAUCCAUCUCCAGACCACAAAGGUGACCAAUGUUAUACUGCAGGCCACCGAGGUGACCAAUGUCCAUCACCAAACCAUGGAGGUGCCCAGUGUCCAACUCCAGGCCGCAGAGGUGCCCAGUGUCCAUCUCCAGGACACAGAGGUGACCACUGUCCACCUGCAAGCCACUGAGCUGCCCAGCAUCCAUCCUCAAACCACAGAGGUGACAAAGGUCCAUCUCCAGGCCACAAAGGUGCCCAGUGUCCAUCUCCAGACCACUGAGGUGCCCAGUGUGUGUCACCAAACCACUGAGGUGCCCAGUGUCCAUCUCCAAGUCACAGAGGUGCCCAGCAUCCAUCUCCAGACCACAGAGAUGACCAAUGUCCAUCUCCAAGACACUGAGGUGUCCGGUGUCCAUCACCAAAUGAUGGAGGUGCCCAACAUCCAUCUCAAGAUCACGGAGGUGCCCAACAUCCAGCUGAAGACAAUGGAGGUGACAAAUAUCCAUCUCCAGGCCACUGAGGUGCCCACCACCUGUCACCAAACCAGUGAGGUGCCCAGUGUCCAUCUCCAAGUCACGGAGGUGCCCAGCGUCCAACUCAAGACCACAGAGGUACCUAACAUGCAUCUCAAGACAACAGAGGUGCCUAAUGCCCAACUCAAGACCACAGAGGACAUGCCCAGCACCCAACUCAAGACCAUGGAGGUGCCCGACAUCCAAUUCAAGACUGUGGAGGAGGUGCCCAACAUCCAACUCAAGCCCACAGAGGUGCCUGAUGUCCAACUCAAGACCGUGGAGGUACCCAACAUCCAACUCAAGUCUGUGGAGGUACCCAACGUCCAACUCAAGACGAUGGGGGUACCCAGUACCCAACUCAAGACCAUGGAGGUGCCCAACGUCCAACUCAAGCCUACGGAGGUGACAGAUGUCCACCUCCAGGCCGCAGAGGUGUCCAACGUUCAGCCGCAGCCCCCCAAGGUGCUUGUGGCGGGGGAAAGCCUGUCCCCGUCCCCCCAGCUGGCGGUGGUGGGGGCGGCCGGGGGGCUACCCCCCGUGCUGCUGCUGCGGGGGGUCGGGGGGGGGCCUGCCCGCCUCUGCCUGCAGACGCUGGCCCAGCUGCCCCCCCCCGGCCCUCCCCGCAUCCUCCUCGUCCGGGGUGAGCCGUUACCGGGGGGCAGCGGUGGGGGGCAGCCCCCCACCCCAACCCGAGGGGCGGCCGGGGGUGGCAGCGGUGGGGGGGGCACGGGAACAGGACCUCCUGCCCCGGAGCUGCCCAAUGUCCCGCUGGUUCACACCUUCUGAGGGGGGGGGGGGGGGCGGACCCCUUGGCACCCCUGAAGGCCCCUGGUGGGGGGGGGCUCAGCCCUGGGGUCCCACCGAUGCACAUCUUCUGGGGGAGGGGCCGGACCCCCAUGACCCCCGGGACACCCAGGGUGCCCCAGGACCCCCUCGGGACCCCCGCCCCCCCCCCCCCAGCUGCCCCUGCGGAGCCGGAGCUGCCGGGGAGGGGGGGGUCGGGCCCGGCGCCGCCGUGGGCGUGGUCAGUAAACGGUGGGGCGUGGUCAAUAAACGGUGCCCCUC